AAAUUUAUGUGUCUAAAGAUGAAACAUAAGAACUUAUAACUUGCAAAUUUAAUUUAUAUAAACAAAGUUUUGUUGUUAAUAAAGUUUAUCAAUUUGCUUCUAGGAAAUUGCAACUAUUAUGAUGGCUCGAGAAAAAGCCAUUCUCAUGAAGACUAAGAAAAGAAACGAUAACUCAAAACCAAUUAGUUUAUUUGCUGCACCAUAUUUUCGAGAUGGGAGAGGAAGAGUACCUGCUGCCAAUGAGGAUACUAUGGGAAAAAGAAAGACCUGUCCUGUUGAUGCAUAUUUAAUGGCUCCUAAACCUUGGCUUGCUGCAGAAAGCCAGAAACUGAUGGAUGGAGUUGCAGAUAGUGUGCUUAAUGAAGCCUUAAAGCCAUAUAAAUUAAGGCGUGAUCAUUUAAGAAAUAAGUUAAAGGACGUUAAUUUGCCUGAAUUCGAAGAGCCUGUAAUUCAGUUGGAGCUGGAAAACAUCGAGUAUGAGAUAGAAAAAUUGCAGUAAGUUUUUUAAUUUUCUCUUUAGCUCAUAAUAUUCUUUUUGUUUGUAUUUAUUGAUAAGUAUGUUUUCUUCCUCUAGAGAACGACCACUUGAAGAUCUCUUUAAACUAGCUAAUGGGAAAAUCGAUUGGAUGACUAUAUCUGCUACUACAGUAAGUAGAUAGUGUUUCUUUUUUUUACCA